AUCCCGUGAACAACUUGCCACCGAUAACGUUCUAAUGUCAUUAUAAUUUAUAAAGCGUCAGUUCUGGGCUCUGAGAAUAUCUUCGCCGCCCCCAACCCAGCCAGUACCAUGUCGACCACGCAAAAGGGAAUGCCUUAUGUCCGCCUGGGCAACUCUGGGCUCAAAGUUUCCAAGAUUAUUCUGGGAACAGCGCAAUAUGGUACCAGCGAGUGGCAAGAUUGGAUUAUUGGAGAAGAAGAAGCUGUCAUCCACAUAAAGGCUGCUUAUGACGCGGGCGUCAACACCUUUGACACGGCAGACUCGUACUCCAAUGGGCUUUCUGAGGUCAUACUUGGAAAUGCGAUCAAAAAACUCAACUUACCUCGGGAUGAGAUCGUAGUCAUGACAAAGAUAUCUAAUGUCGUUGGCCGCAGUCCGGGCGAAAAGGUCUUCAACUCAGCUGUACAUACUGAUCAACUAGGCUACGUUAAUCAAAGGGGUUUGAGUCGCAAGUACAUUUUCGCAUCCAUCAAGAAGAGCCUAGAGCGUUUGCAACUUGAUUAUGUUGAUGUCCUACACUGUCAUCGCUUUGACACAGAGACCUCGAUUGAGGAGACAAUGCAAGCUCUGCAUGACGUCGUGCAAGCCGGCCAUGUCCGGUACAUUGGCAUGUCUUCAUGCUGGGCUUACCAAUGUACGUUUGACAUCUAUUUUGUGUAUAUUUCCGAUCUCAAUGCAUCUUCAGUCCAGGCAAUGCAAAACUACGCGAUUGCAAACCACCUCACACCUUUCAUUUCUAUGCAGAAUCACCACAGUUUGAUCUAUCGCGAAGAGGAACGAGAAAUGUUCCCCACACUGAAGAUGUUUGGCGUCGGAUGCAUCCCCUGGUCACCGCUUGCCCGAGGACUGCUCACCCGCCCCCUUCAAGUUGGCGAGCAAACAAUUCGUCGAAAGACUGACCCAGCCAUUAACUUAUACGUCCAGCAUGAGUCUGACAAAGACAUUAUAAACCGCCUCGAGCAAGUUGCAGAGCAGAAAGGCGCAAGUAUGGCGCAAAUAGCCCUUGCUUGGUCGAUGGCACAAGAUAUCGUGACGGCGCCGAUCGUCGGGCCCAUGUCCCUGAAGCACCUGCAGGAUCUGCUCGGUGCCGUUGAUAUCACUCUGACCGCAAAAGAGCUUAAGUACUUGGAGGAGUCUUAUAAGCCUAAGUGUGUCAUAGGUCACAUAUGA